AUGGCUGUCGCUAUUGAUUCUUCCGCCAAGUGUGAAUUGCCAGCUGUUAUUCGUUUCUUGCAGGCAGAAGGGAAUAGUGCAGCGGAAAUUCAUCGAAGAAUGAGUCGAGUGUAUGGAAACAGCUUUAUGAGUGAUGGCGUUGUUCGUGAAUGGUGUCGAAACUUUAAAGAUGGCCGAACUGAUGUGCAUGAUGAAGGUGGUCAAGGACGCAAGUCUGUCGUUACAGACGACAUUGUUCAACGAGUUGACCAAGCGGUUAAACAAAAUCGAAGGUUCACCAUAAGUAAAUUAUCGAUGAAAUUUCCGGAAGUUUCAAGAUCUUCCCUGUUCUCUAUCGUUACUGAACAGUUGCGCUACAGAAAAGUUUGCGCUUGCUGGGUCCCACAGAUGUUGACUGACGACCGCAAAACUCGCCGAAUGGUUGCAGCGUUUGAGUUUCUUGACCGUUACGAUAGUGACGGAGAAGAGUUUUUGAAAUCCAUUGUGACAGAUGAUGAGACAUGGGUUCAAUAUGACACGCCCGAAACGAAACGACAAUCACAACUAUGGAUGCACACAAAUUCUCCAAAGAGACCCACAAAAUUCAAACGAACCUUUAACAACCGUAAGUUUAUGGCAAGUGUUUUUUGGGACCAAAAAGGUGUGUUGCUUGUAGAGUUUAUGCAGCUUGGAACAACAAUUAAUGCAGAUUCAUAUUAUGAAACUUUGCGACGCUUACGGAGAGCUAUUCAAACAAACGAAAAGGCAUGCUGA